CCCAAAAAUUGGAAUUGCACGCCACUGGUCGAUUCAUGUCCUUCGUUUCACCAUUCGGCUGCCGUGGAACCCAAAGGCGAUGAGAAGGAAAGGGGCUUGGUAGACUUAUCAUCUCCAUCAACACAUCUCCGUUGCUUUUCGUCUUGCCACCGAGUCAGGGGAGUCGAUGGACUUAUCAUCACCAUCAGCCAGCUAGAAGAAUCAUUCGCCGGGCAGGGUGCCAUCGCGGAGUAUUUUUCCCCCUUAGAAGCGAUUCCCCACCUCAUUCCCACUCUCUUUGUUUUGCUGGUGGAAGAAGAAGCAGCAGAUGAAGAUGAAAAAGAAGAACACGGAGGAGUAGAAGGAAAAGAAGACACUCCGACCACAUCCCUGCGGGGUCACGAGUUCAAUUGGAAGGUAAAGACAAUGUCAAUAGCUGAUGGGAUAGCUUUAUCUUGCUGUUCUUCAGUUUCUCCAUAGCAUUGAAGACGUGAAAGAAGUAAAGAACUGGAAUCUUGAUUCAAAGAACAGUAACCCUUACAAGAUGCAAACUCCACUCACUGAAUUUAACACAUCCGGCAAGAAACACACCACCACCAAUCAAGCUUUGAAUGAAUCCUACCAGAAAGAUGGUCAGGUGCUCAAUUUCUAUUGCCCUUCAAAAACUCUUCUGAUAGCAUGAUAGCUUUGUUCAGUUCAUGAGUAUGGAUCAAGAGCUUCUCCACCAGUAAGAGACAUUAAGUACCCGCUAUUGUUUCUCAUCAUCAAUGGUCAUCGAGAUUGUGUAACUGAUAGACAAAUUGCUGAACAGGUCUAUUAGUAAGUUGAGUCCUUUUCCCUGUCACUCUCGCAGUCGCAUAUGCUUUUCACAGCCACACACAAUUCAAUUAGUUGGCUUUAGAUAUUGAUUUUGAAAGUUUUUUCCCUUUGGUUUGCCGGUACCAUUUCAGUUUAGCAUUUUAGUCUCAUUUUCUUAAGUUCCUCUAUAUACAGGCUUCUUCCAGUAAAGCUCUUUCUCUAUAAUUGAUGGAAGGCUUUGCCUCUUUAAUUGUAGUUGACAGGAUCUGGCAAAUUAUGUAUAUAGUUUAUGUUUAAUUAGUAAGCUUAACUCCAGUAAACUGAGUUAUUUUUUCAUUUCCCCUUCCC